ACUGCUAAAACCCUGAUCGGAGCUAGAAACACAAAAACCAAAUGUGAGAUUCAUCAUCAACAUGGCAACAACAAAAACCUCCAUUGCCAAAACCAUAACCAAGCUCUAUACUUGUAAUAGUAAUAGUGGGUCCCUCUCUUCCAUUCCCAAUCAUUUGGGUUCAUUUCAGUCUUCUUCCUUGUUCAGCUCCUCUACUUCUGCAGCUUCCUCAGUUGCCGAGUCCCAAUCAACAGUCUCGUCCCAAGCUUCAGAGAGGGAAAGGUCUAGAUGGUCGAAAUGGCUGCUGUUUCUUCCUGGAGCUAUUACUUUUGGCCUUGGAACUUGGCAGAUUGUCAGAAGGCAAGAAAAGAUAAAAAUGCUAGACUAUAGACGGAAAAGGUUGGAGAUGGAACCUUUGAAAUUCAACAGUGUUUCUCCAUCAAGUGAAGAAUUGGAUAAUUUGGAGUUUAGAAGAGUGUUAUGCAAGGGACAUUUUGAUGAGAGCAGGUCAAUCUAUGUGGGCCCUCGUUCAAGAAGCAUAUCAGGAGUAACUGAAAAUGGCUACUAUGUCAUUACACCCCUUUUGCCAAUUUCUGACAAAGCUGAGAGUUCACAGCCUCCAAUAUUGGUCAACAGAGGAUGGGUCCCCCGCAGUUGGAAAGAUAAGUCUUCAGAAUUUUCACAAGAUGAUGAACAACCUUCUAACAUAACGCCAACCGUUGUCAAAGAGGAGGAAAGAGCAUCUUGGUGGAGGUUCUGGUUAAAGAAGCCUAAAGUUGUUGAGGAUCACCCCCCUACACGUGCUCCUGAUGAAGUUGUUGGAGUAAUACGAGGGAGUGAAAAGCCUAGUAUAUUUGUUCCACCAAAUGAUCCAAACUCUGGCCAGUGGUUCUAUGUUGAUGUUCCUGCAAUUGCUCGUACUUGUGGACUUCCUGAGGAUACUAUUUACAUUGAAGACAUACAUGAAGAUGUCAAUCCCAGUAACCCGUAUCCACUUCCAAAAGAUGGCAGUACCUUGAUUCGGAGUUCAGUCAUGCCUCAGGACCAUCUAAAUUAUACUUUGACAUGGUAUUCUCUCUCUGCAGCAGUUACAUUUAUGGCUUUCAUAAGACUAAGACCAAAAAAGAUCCGCAGAUAACAGAGACUCCAUUGAGUGACAUCCACAACUUUUUAGAACACGAGAAAUGAGAAACUCUUGUGUUUCAUCCCUUUUUCCUUCUUUGAUUUCAUGAGGGAAGAGGUCUUGUGGGAAGAAGUAAAGAAACCAUAUGUGAAAUUGACUGCUGUAAUGUGACCUAUGUUUGGGAACAAGGGAAGGCCAAAGUUUUGAUCGUAAAGUUUAAGUUUAGAAGUUUUCAGUGCAGUCACGGUUUUCGGUUGUUACCAUCUUCAUCUUGCGGCAUAAUAAAGAAGAAAGCAUUCAUUCAUGUUGGUCGGACAAUGAUACAAAAAAUUCAUUUGUGAUUCCUUUUGCCUAUGUGAUGCUCUGCAUUCUUGUAUUAGAUUGUAACCAUCUUCAACAAUUUCAGUCAUUCA